CGCGGUGCCUUUAUGGCCGAGGGGUGAGGGUGCGUCAGUCGGCCCUCGGCGACCGGAGGUGCUUCGCGCUGUGCGCCGCGCCCCUCACAGCCAGAGCGUGGCUCGGGGCGUGGCGCUUACGUAAACACGCGUGGUACUCGCGUUUCUGCGGCCACGCUACUGUCCGUCCCAGAACGACCCCAUGUCGGCCCGCCGCCUUUUCGAUUUAUGUGGAUAGCCCAAAGCACGCUGCCGCGCCACCACCGCUGCCAUUGCCAUCACCGUUUUCGGCGCUUAUAGCAUCAAGAGUGAAGAUGCAGGCGCGCACUUCUCUGAUGGCGUUGGCCGCGCUGGUAGCGUUGGUGGCAGCGAGUGCAGAGCGCGGUGGUGGUAUUAAAAUCGGUAGCGGUACAAUUGGUGCUGGUGGCAGAGAGGGUGCACGUGGUGGUGGGGUCCGGAUCGGCGACGGUCUGCGGCGGCCGCGGACGUCGCCCGCGCCGCAGACUCCCCGCGCACCCUCAGUCAUUACCGCCGCUCUUGUCGUGCCUCAUAAGGCCUUCGGCGCACGUGAUUACACUAGAGCUGAGAAGGCAGCGCUGUCUAAGCUGCCGCGAAAAUUGAAACUCUUCUCACAAGUGCGUCUAAAUAUUACGCUUUCGAUGCAAGGCCUGACGCCUAGUCCUAUGUCAAUCUUGGACUCGCUAUGUAAAGAAUUUUUAGCAGUCAACGUGUCUGCUAUACUUUAUCUUAUGAAUCAUGAACAAUACGGGCGAUCUACUGCCUCCGCUCAAUAUUUUCUACAGCUGGCCGGAUAUCUUGGCAUACCGGUUAUUGCGUGGAACGCUGAUAAUAGCGGUUUGGAAAAACAUGCAUCUCAUGCAUCCUUAAGAUUGCAGUUGGCUCCAACAAUUGAACAUCAAACGGCAGCCAUGCUUUCUAUACUCGAGAGGUAUAAGUGGCAUCAAUUCAGUGUGGUCACAUCGGCCAUUGCAGGGCAUGACGAUUUUAUUCAAGCAGUCCGCGAAAGAGUUAGUUCUCUGCAAGAUCGUUUUAAAUUUACGAUUUUAAAUGCCGUGGUUGUGAAGAAACCGGCUGACCUUAACGAAUUGGUGACAAGUGAGGCGAGAGUAAUGCUCUUGUAUGCGACACGGGAAGAGGCAGCUGAUAUUCUUUCCACAGCAGCUGAUCUUCAUCUCACCGGAGAGAGCUAUGUUUGGAUAGUUACCCAAAGUGUUUUGGGCUCGAUGCAACCUCCAAAUAAGUUUCCAGUUGGUAUGCUCGGUGUUCAUUUUGAUACCUCGAGUUCCAGCAUAAUAUCGGAAAUAGCAACAGCUGUUAAAGUAUUUGCAUAUGGAGUUGAAUCAUAUGUGUCUGAGGCUGAGAAUGUUAGAUAUCCAUUGGGAACGAGGCUCUCUUGUGAUGGAGCGGGCAGUGGUGAAGCAAGAUGGUCAACAGGCGAACGAUUUUAUCGACAUCUCCGCAAUGUGAGCGUUGAGAGUGAGACUGGACGGCCUAGUAUAGAAUUUACACCGGAUGGGGAAUUGCGAGCCACUGAACUAAAAAUAAUGAAUUUGAGACCAACACUUGGUGACCAGCUCGUGUGGGAAGAAAUUGGAACUUGGAAUUCUUAUCCUAAAGAGCGGUUAGCUAUAAAAGACAUAAUUUGGCCUGGAGGUUUACAUACACCUCCUCAAGGUGUGCCUGAAAAAUUUCAUAUGAGAAUAACAUUCUUAGAAGAGCCACCUUACAUCAAUUUGGCUCCGCCAGAUCCAGUUAGUGGAAGAUGUUCUCUUGACAGAGGUGUUAUAUGUCGAGUAGCUCCUGAAAUAGAAGUUGUCGGGAUAGAAGCUGGUGCUGCUCAUAGGAACAGUUCCUUAUAUCAGUGUUGCAGCGGGUUUUGCAUUGAUUUGUUGCAACAACUGGCUGAACAACUGGGAUUUACCUACGAGCUUGUACGUGUAGAAGAUGGACGAUGGGGAACUUUUCAAGAUGGAAAAUGGAAUGGAUUAAUAGCAGAGCUUGUUAACAAGAAAACUGACAUGGUGCUCACAUCGUUGGUUAUAAAUUCUGAUAGAGAAGCUGUGGUCGACUUCAGUGUACCGUUCAUGGAAACGGGUAUUGCAAUUGUUGUUGCAAAACGAACCGGUAUAAUAUCUCCCACAGCUUUUCUCGAACCUUUUGAUACAGCAUCGUGGAUGCUAGUUGGGGCUGUUGCGAUACAAACGGCGACUUUUUGUAUUUUCAUAUUUGAAUGGCUGUCACCCAGUGGUCUAAAUCGUUCUCCAGGGCAAAUUAACGUACAAAACCGAUUUUCAUUGUGUCGCACAUAUUGGAUUGUAUGGGCUGUACUUUUUCAAGCAUCAGUACAUGUGGAUUCACCUCGAGGUUUCACUGCACGCUUCAUGACUAAUAUGUGGGCGAUGUUUGCAGUAGUGUUUCUUGCUAUAUACACUGCUAACCUUGCGGCAUUCAUGAUAACCAGAGAAGAGUUCCAUGAAUUGAGUGGAAUUGACGACCCACGAAUAGUUAAACCUAAAACUUACCAACCACCACUGAAGUUUGGUACCGUACCGUGGUCUCAUUCAGAUGCGACAUUGAAGAAAUAUUUUAGAGAACCACAUUCUUACAUGACACCGUACAACCGCAGCACAGUGAGCGCAGGUGUUACAAGCAUUUUAACGGGUGAAUUAGAUGCAUUUAUAUACGACGGAACUGUUUUGGAUUAUUUAGUGUCUCAGGAUGAAGAUUGCAGACUACUAACUGUAGGUGCAUGGUACGCAAUGUCAGGCUACGGAUUAGCUUUUACUCGAAAUUCAAAAUAUCUCGGUAUGUUCAAUAAGAGAUUACUAGACCUACGCUCUAAUGGGGAUCUUGAACGGUUACGCAGGUACUGGAUGACAGGUACAUGUAAACCUAACAAACAAGAACACAAGUCAUCAGAUCCCUUGGCACUAGAACAGUUUUUAUCAGCAUUCCUAUUACUGAUGGCUGGUAUACUGUUAGCUGCUGCUAUAUUAUUCUGUGAACAUUUAUACUUCCGUUACGCACGGGAGCAUAUUGUUAAAUCAGAAUUACACCCAUGCUGUACGCUCGUCUCCAUCUCAAUGGGACAAUCCUUGUCAAUGCAAAAUGCAGUGAUGGAUGCGACAGCUGAUCAAGGCUUUAGACUGGGCAAACGCCCACACUGUCGGUCAGCCGUGUGUGCUGCGCAGAUAUGGCGCGCACAACACGAACGCGACGCGGCGGUGUCUCGCGCUCGGCAGUUAUUGGCUGUGCUGGCAGCACACGGCCUACAACCGCCGCCGCGCCGGCUCGCUUCCGCCGCCACGCUGCACGCCGCGGGCCGGCCGCACGACGCCACGCGGCCGCGCACGCUGCACGUGCCGGCGGACUUGCUGCCGGACCUCGGCAGACCGCUCUCUUGUGACGAUCUACGCGCUAGGGAGCGGACGCGAGUAGAAAUGGAAACAGUGCUGUGAGGCGCAUAUAGCGCCACUUUUUUUCAAUUCCUGAAGGCUGUUCUUACACCAAGUUAUACAAGACAAAAUUAAUUAUACUUUAUGUUAAAAUAAGAUCAGAUAAAAAAACGUUGUAAUUAUUAAAUAAAAUAUUCCAAUUAUUAAAACCGAGAGGCGGAUGUAGAUAGCGAAGCGUUGUUGUGGGACGAGCGCGCGGGGCGGGCUGGGCGCCGGGCGCGCGUCCUCGUGUUGUCUACUACAAUAAAAUAUAUUUUUUG